AUGGCCCGCCAAAACUUUGUCGGAAUGGUCGUGUCUCACGGCAAGAUGGACAAGACCAUUAAGGUCCGUGUCCAGCGUAUUAAAUUCAACAAGCUUGUCAACAAAAACGUUGUUCGGUUCACCGAUUUCCUUGUGCACGAUGAGGCUAACAAGUGCAAGGAAGGUGAUGUGGUUCGCAUCGAGUACGUGCGACCUCUUUCUGCCCGCAAGUCCUUUUCCGUCACCGAGAUUCUCAAAAAUAAGGGUCUGUCGUGGAUCAAGUACCGCGAAGAUGCACCAGCCGUUGUUGCUGCCGAGGAACUGCGCAAGGUUACCCAAUACAAGCGGGACCGUGAGAGUCGCCUGGGUCUGGACGGAACCCCAACUGUUUCUGAGCAGCUUGAUGUUUUGCGAACUGCCUACAAUACCCAGAACUUUGUUCCAGAACAUGCUCGUACUGAGGAGCAAAAGGAGGCUGUUGCCAAGGUCAUUGCCAAGUAUACUCCUGAUGGAUUUCUUCCAUCUUUUGCCUCGGGUCCUCUUUAUGAUCUGCCGAUCGAUAAGCUUCGUGCUGAACUCAAGGCUCUUGAUGGAACCAUUGAGCAGGCUUCCUUUUCUAAGCAUGCUGCUGCUGUUCUGCGUGACGAACCUGCGCGUGCUGAUGCCAUUCUGCGUGCCAUGGGCAAGAUUGAUCCUUCGGCGGUCCCCCGUAACAUUAAGAAGAAUCUGCUGAUGAAGUACUUUGUCAAGACGCUGGGCGAACAGAAACAAGAGGCUACUGCUUAA